GCAUUAGGUUUUAUGGAAGGUCGAAAUCAUCAAUGUAUUCUAUGCAAAUGUAAUAGUUUUACACCAUGUACAACUAGUCUUCGAUAUUGUUCUAAAUGUAACCAUUCAUGGACAUUUCAUGCAAUAGCAAAUUUUGUAAUAUAUAUCAAUCUUUUCAAUGAGCAAUUCAUAUCAACAUCAUCAAAUAGUCUAUUACAUAUUUUUAUGAUUCUAUGCCAAUUAACAAAUUUAAUUCUUUGUGGUUGUCAGUUAAUUCCAAUUCGAAUGAAGUUUUUAUUGGAUCAUUUCAAUAAGAUUUAUUUAACAAAAUAUCAAUUUGAACAAAUUUGA